AUGCCUCCUGACUUCUCCACAUUGAGGCAUCGUGAGCGCCAACGGGCCGCAGCCUACUUACAGGCUCGCAGUGAAGUCAUUGCCGCUAUCGACGCGAUUUAUAAGCGGGUCGAAAUCUACAGCUCUGCCCAAAUCAACCCCGCCUCCUACAGGUCUCUUGGUAUUGAUUACCGAUUGCUUGAGCUAGAUGAUGAUGGGAAACAUCUUCAGCCCCCAAACUCCGAUCCCUCCACCCCGAUUUUCUUCGAGCCUCGAGGUGCAACGUGGGUGGCCCCUGUUCGUAUUACUGAUGUCGAAUGUGAGGGCGAUCUAAGGGCAAUCACCGACGGAUGGGAGAACGCCAAAGACAACCCACUAGUCCAGAGCUUUCAUGCCCAGGUCUGGUAUGUCUAUUUGGGUUUGGAGCGGAUGUUUUUCCAGUUCCGCCGAGAGUUCUACCCUGAAGGAGAUAGCAGAGUUCCACCUAACCUUAGGCAAAUAUCCAAAUGGCUGAAGAGUGGAACUAUUGUACCAUCUGUUUUUGCCGAAAGAUUUUACUCGGCUAUCUGGGGAUCAAUGCGAUGGGCACCGGCAUCUGCCUUUGUGCCGAAGAAACUGUUAUAUCCUGGAAAACCGCAUACUCUAAUCAUUAUUUUGAUUCAAGAAGAACCCAGCGAAGAGCUAUCUCGCGCAGAAAUGAUGACCCUUACCGCAGCCAUGAUCACGCGUCUUGGGGGAGAGGAAUGUUUAGAAUAUAACACUAUUCCUGUUAUGGCUAUCACGAUUUUUGGAAGAAUGAAAGCUCGAGUACUCGAAGCCCAUUCUAGCCAGCAAGAGCUAGUCGUCAAGAAGACCCAGCUUCUUGAUUUCUCGACAAACCAAGUCGCUAACAAGAACAUGAAUAUUCUGCUUGGAUUUAUGGCUGGUGACCUGGUCGGAGAUCCUAGAGGACCGACAGUUCCUACGGAUAUUUCGUUUCUGGGCUUGAGCCAUCGUUCUAAGUCCUCGCAAACCAAUCAGUAA